AUGGGUAAAACGGCAGUUGCCGCUGGCCCGUUUGUCCUUGAUCAAUGCUCACAGCUUAUCAUCAUUUAUAUAAUUCCAUUACUUGCCUUGCAAGACGAGAUGGCAGUUACCUUUCCAGCAGAGUUUGGAAUCUCUGCUGUCGCAAUCAACAGUCAGGUUACUACCUCUAACAAGGACCUUAUACAAGAUGUGAUUUCUGGGAAAUAUAGGGUUAUAUUAAUAUUGCCCGAGUCACUCUUGUCGCCACGAUUUAUCAAAGAUGUCCUCAGCACGCAAGAAUUCACUCAAUCUUUGCUCAGCGUUGUCAUUGACAAAGCUCAUGUUAUAUCACUGUUGGGUGCAGAUUUCCAAAAGCUUUAUGGUUCACUCUCAAUCCUUCGCGCCUUUUUACCCCAGGGUAUUCCCUUCAUUGCUCUCUCAGCAACACUGACACCCCGUGUGUAUCGCGACCUAAUCAAACAACUGGAGUUUCGAUUGGACCACAAGUUCAUCAACAAAGGCAACGAUCGGGGAAAUGUCACACUCAUCUCCCAAAAGUGUGUUCACCCACUUGAAACUUAUCGAGACCUUGGCUUUGUGGUCCCGCCUCACGUCAAAGAGCGUAGCGAUAUUCUCAAGACAUUCAUUUAUGCUGAUAGCAUUGAAGAUGGAACUGGAAUAGUUGAUUACCUCACUAAUGAAUGCUUACCCACUGCGCUCCAGUCAUCCGGUCUCAUUUGGCCAUACAACGCGUCGUUUUCCACCCCGUACCAACAACUUGUAAUGGAACUCUUUCGGCGUGGACUGGUUCAAGUUCUGGUUUGCACUGAUGCGGCAGGAAUGGGAUGUAACAUCUCCAAUAUUGGACAAGUUGUUCAGUGGAAAUCUCCUAAUAGCAUUGAGAGCUUCCAGCAGCGUGCUGGACGUGUUGAACGGAGCAAAUCUUGCACAGGUAUUGCUGUGCUCCUUGCAGAGCCUAACGCAUACAAGGUUGACCCAACCAAGCCUGCAAGUGCUAAUGUAUCCGCACCAAACAUGCAACUUAAAAGCCGAAGACGUAGCGGCCAACCAGCGUGUGGAACUAAGAAGAAAAUGCAUCUACUAGUCCCCCCCAUUUCCACCAUUACAUCCCGCACUCCUACUCGCUUGUCCUCGCGGGCAUCAUCUCACGCUGGCCGCUCCUACCCCGCUCCUACGAUGGCAACCCGUUCCCGGACAUCCUCUCGAGCCCAGUCCCCUUUUGAUCCGAGAGACCUGGGACCCCAACUUCCGUCAGCCACCCCUAUCGAACUUGGGGAAGUCUCCCUUGAGCGGGUUACCCGCCUCCUCCUUGGCCUCCUCAGCCAAGUCGAGAACCUCGAGCAAAAGCUCGAAGAAGUCAAGGAAACGGGGAUCAAGACCCAAACCAACGUCGAAAAUAUUUCCCAAACCGUCGAUGUUGUCAAGGAUGGGCUUCGAAGCCUCCAAUCCCAUGGGCCAAGGACCCCAGAAGAAGCCAAGCCCCCGGUCGUGGAAGCAACGCCACGCCCCCUACACAAGACCAAGCCUAUUGGAUCGGUUAGUGGGCCCUCCUUCUGGCCCGAGCAACCAAAAGGGCUUCCCAGUUUUGCCCAGCCAGCCCCCCAGAGGGCCAUACCCCCGCGAGUCCCUUCUCCCCUUCCAUCUCCGCGUCUCCGAUCCCCCAUUGGAGUACCUGCCCCUCCACCUCCGGCUCCAGCCGCCACCUAUCCCGCCCCGGUCAAAGUAGACCACCCAGACGCCUAUACAGGCAAGAUCGGGAGCAAAGCCAAGCAGUGGCUUACAAGGAUGCUGGCCUGGACCCGGCUAAACUCACGCAUGUUUCCCACGGACCAAGAAGUCCUAUCCUUCCUUCUGAUGAACAUGAAGGAUUCCGCGGGAGCAUGGGCCCACCCUCACCUUGACCAGCUUGGGUCACACCGGGCAAUCAUCCAGACGGUCAAAGGGUUCAAAUCAGAGUUUCUGGCAGCGUUUGGCAACCCUGAUGCCACAAGGGCCGCGAGCGGAAAAUCACCACCCUCACCCAGUCCGGCACCUGUGCGGACUACAUCACAAAGCCAGUUUGCCCGAGGCCUCCACUGGGAGGUCAGCCGUCAAAUCGCAACCCGCAAGCAUUGCCCCCGAACCCUCCUCGAGCUGCAGAAUGCAGCACUCGUUAUCGAUAACGCUCUUCGUGAAGAGCGUGCUAGCCAUCCGCCGAAGGAUAGUAAGCCUAGCAAACAGUCCAACCCCGCAAGGGGGACGAGUACCAGCCAGUUCAGCACCGGUUCAAAGAAGCUCUCCGACGACCCUAACUUUGUGUCGGAAGAAGAACGAAAUCGCCGCCGCGCCGCUGGCGCCUGCAUCAAGUGUGGCAAAAUGGGCCACAAGUUUGCGGAAUGCCGCACGGGUUGGAAAGCUACCCCUAUUGAGGACAAGGGAAAGACUAAGGAAGCCGCCAAGAUUGGCGAAGACUCCAAGUACCAAGCGGGAAAAGAGGACCCCAAGGACUCUGGUUUAUGUCUGGAAUUUUGUAAUAUAUCGUCUACCAAUAGAAUCGCACCACUCUUCACAAUUCCAAUACAGCCAGAGAAAAAAGCGGAAACAAUAGAAGUCCUGAUAGAUUCAGGCGCUACAUUGUCAUUUUUACACCCCCGUACCGCGGAAUCACUCCGCCUCCCACUCAUUGACCUCCCCUCACCCCGUACCGUUACUAUGCUUGAUGGGUCGAGCCCCCAGGCAGGAAAAAUCUGGAAGAAAGCAGUACUUACCUUCACCUAUGAUGGCAAAAAGAUGACGGAAACCUUCCUCAUCUGCAACACCGGCAGUCACGCGGCCAUCCUAGGUUUGAAAUGGUUAGACGCCCACAACCCAGAAAUAGACUGGAAUACGCGCACCCUCUCCUUCCCACACACUCCGCCAGAACAUGUGGCCAUUGCCGAGGAGGAGGAAGCAGACAAGAACCCACUUGAAGGAGUACCUCCGAAUACCAUAGAUACGCCAAGGCACUACGAUAUAGGGAUCGAGCUCACAGAAGAGGGUCCCCUGAACUCUCCCCUGUACAGCAUGACGGACGCCGAAUCCGCCACUCUCAGGGAUUGGCUCAGGGACGAGUUGAAAGCGGGAAAGAUCCGUCCUAGCAAAUCCUCAAUUAGCUCCCCUGUUAUGUUUGUUCCAAAAAAGGAUGGCUCCCGCCGAUUGGUUGUUGACUACCGCCGCCUCAAUAACCGGACAAAAAAGAACGUCUAUCCGUUGCCUCGCCCAGAUGAUCUCAUGGCCCAGCUCCGCGGCGCCAAGAUCUUUACUAAGCUAGACCUAAGAUGGGGGUACAACAAUGUCCGGGUAAAAGAAGGCGACGAAUGGAAAACUGCCUUCCGUACCAAAUAUGGCUUAUACGAGUCCCUGGUCAUGACCUUUGGCUUGACAAACGCACCCGCGGCCUUCCAGCACUUCAUGAACGAGUUAUUCAAAGACUUGCUUGAUGUAUGCGUCAUCAUUUACCUUGAUGAUAUCCUUAUUUACUCCACGGAUGACGCAUCACACACGCAACACGUUCAUGAGGUCCUGAAGCGGUUAAUGGAGAACCAGCUAUUCUGCAAGGCAUCCAAAUGUACCUUUCACGUCACCUCUGUGGAAUACCUUGGGAUCAUUGUCUCUGAUAAAGGUUUUAGCUUGGAUAAGCUCAAGAUCCAAGCGGUGCAAGAAUGGCCGGUACCUACUAAGGUUAAGGAAGUCCAGUCGUUCCUAGGCUUUGCCAACUUCCUCCGUUGA